CCAAAUUGAUAAACCUUAUCAAAAUAACAUUAUCAUCUCCACAACUUGUAUAUAAAAUACAGUGGGACACAACCUGGCAGUAGUUUACAUCGAAAAGCGACUAAGAGAAGUCAAAGAAGAAGAAAAGCAUCGAAGAUGAAAGUUAUUGUAGCACUUUUGGUUGUCCUGGUUUCGGCCAGUCCUCUGAAUGCUAUCCAAUUCCCAGCCACGGGUUCGGGCGAUCUAGCAAGGGAACUCGAUCCUUUCCUGGACCUGAUCCCGUUUGGAAAGGUUCUCGAAAUAUCGAAAGCCUAUCUGGCUCAGGAUAAAGAAUUCCAAACAGUCGUUGAGUUGAUCAAGUCCAACGAAUCGAAACUAUGGGUACAAGAUGUCGAACAGAAUCCUGAAUUCAAACAUUUAGUGGACUAUAUGCAGAACGCCGGUUUGGAUAUAAAAUUGCUGGUGAACCGCUUCAACAAAGCUUUUGGUAUCCCAUCUGUGGUCUCUAGGAUAAAAACCUUCUUCGCUCCUCAUAUCAUGAUCAGCGGUGGAAUCGAAGGUUACGUCCAAGAUAUCGGUAGUCUUAUUUCGGUAGAUAAGUUUGAGCAACUCUACGAAGAGAAGAUAGCGCACUCCAAGGUGUUCAAGGAUUUCGUGCACGAAGUGACUUCCGCCGAAUACAUAUCCUUCUACAUAUCCAUUUUCUCGAAUAAGCAGUACCAAAAUUUGGAACAACAGGCCGCAAACCACGGCAUUAAUAGAAACUAUUUCCAAGUUUCCGUUCCCUUAAUACUUGUAGUUUCCACUGUAAUUUAAAGUUGAAAGUAUUAGGUUUUAGGAAUUCAAUUCGAUGAUGCUUAUUGUUCAUUUGUCUCGUAAGAAAUAAAAUAUAAUUAUGUUGCACUGAAA